CCCGGAGCAAAGCCAUCAGAUACACUGCCCCCCUGCAUCCCCGUCCCCAGAGCAUCUUUGAGGGUGUGGGUUGCCCUCAUCCAGGCCUCGUCCUGGAUACUAACAGCCUCCCUGAAUGCUCCGCAGAGGGGGAAUGCUGCGGUAGCUGCUCACCGUCUUCUGAAGUCCCCAAUAUACAGACUGUGCCCACUGUGGAAGAGCCAGUCUUCUCCAUAGUGGAUCUGUGCCAAGAUGGAGAAGAAGACAGCUAUCUGACAGCAAAUGAAGGAGUGAUGGAGGAGCUAAGUGGCCAGGAUUCAAAUUCUGAAGAUUUGAAAAGGAAGGAACGAAUGCCUUUCCAGAUCUUCCCUGACCCGGUUGACGUAGUCCUUGACCCAGAGACAUCUUUGAACAACUUGGCUCAAAACCACCAGAGGGAGCGUCUGCCCUCCAUUGUUGUCGAGCCUACUGAGGUGAGCGAGGUGGAGAGCGGAGAACUACGCUGGCCUCCGGAAAACAUGGACAUGGAUGAGGACGAGGAAGACCUCUUCUUGGAGCAGUGCAUCCCCCCAGCCAACAUUGCUGACUGGGGAGAGGAGGAGGAGGAGGAGGAUGAUAGAACAUCUGUUAUUUUGAGCCAACAUCAAGGAUUAACACUUAUUGAUCUACAGUCAGAUGCGUUUCGUGAUGACACCCCCACCCUUCCACCAAACUGUGUUCCGGCCCUCAACCGCAACCUCUGAAGACCCCGUGAGGAAACAGUAAUACGUUGACACUGACAAUAAAAGAUUAUGCUUGUGAGCUGAAAGCCUAAAUGGCAGUGCUGAAAGAGGAAAAUAUGUUUAAGCGUUGAUAAACAGCCAGUGAAUCUCACAAGGACGCCAUAAAUGGGCAUGUCUGCUCACUUGGCAAUACGCUGCUGAAGAUAAUCUCAGCAGCACACAUUGUUUAAUGAGGCAAACAUUUACAGAACUUUACCGUGUUUGAGUUUUCCCCUGAAACUUUUAGUCCUCUUUGCUUUUUGUGUAAUUUCCCGAAUAUCCACUUUUGAAGGUCAGUGUGUAAUAAUGCUAUUACUGUACAUACAUGGCUUUGCACAUUAUGUUGUUACUUUUUCUCUGCUUUCUAAAAGAUUAUUAGCUUCAUUAAUUCUUUUCAACCCACUGGUGACUUCUGUUGAGAGAUUAUACUGUAUUUCUAUUUAUUACUUGUUAGCUAGUCCUGUCAUUUAUGAGAUCAAAUAUUCCAACAUGAAAACUUUUUAAGAACUCAUUCUAUUUUGGAUGCAAAAAGGCAGCUCUUGUUUAUGGAGCAAUUCAGAGAAACUGAUAACUACAUUUUGAUGGAUUUUAAUUUAUUUGUGUUUUUGUCUGUCUAAAUUGACCUCUGAAAAUAAUGCACAUACAGUAUGAAUUUGCCACUGAAUAAAAAAUCUUUGUUAAAAUAUUUUCCAUUGCCACAUUCAAUAAAAACUCAAAUUCAAUCAAGUACGAUAAAAGUUAA